AUGUCGGCGUCAUUCCGCAGCGAGGUGGACACGUACCUCAAGUUCCCGCCAGCCGCUGAGCGACAGCAGACGAUGGCACUCUCGAUCUUUGUGCCCAUUGGGUACGUGGCGACGUUGGUGGUGUCGAUGCUGGUGUUCUCGCGCAUCUACCGGCGGCGAUCGGCACUGAACCUGGCCAAGUCGUACCAGCCGUGGUUCCCGGAGGGUCACGAGGCGCGCGACAUCUACCAGACGCUCGUGGCGGCCGACCCGCCAGCACCGGAGGAGGUGCUGAAGGCGGCGCUGCUCAAUCGCGCCAUGACGGACGUGCGCAGGAUCAUGCGCAUGCGCGACGACAAGCAGGCGCUGGGUACACUGCUGCAGAAGGGAUCGAUCGGCGACGAGACCAUGGCGCGCUUCACGCUGGCAGAGAAGGAACUCGAGGCCGAAAUCCUCGACGUGGUGUCCGAGGCCAACACGUUCCGCGAGGGAUGGGGUCAGCUCAUCUUCCCCUCGGCGAGCGAAAUGGUUGCGCACCUCAAGCACAAGGAGAUCUACUACGACAUUCAGCGUCAGCGCGCUGCCGAGGUCAAAAAGCUCGAAGACGAAGGAAAGCCGGUACCCAAAGCAAACGUCGAACUGCCACCGCUCGUUACGCCGCCCGGCACCAAGAUCGAGAUCCCUGGCGGUCCCGGCGGUCCCGGAGGCCCGAUGCCUGCGCCGCCUCAGGGUGGCCCGGGUCCGAACGGCCCUGGUAUCAGCCUGCCUAUGACCGGAUCGGGACAGGAUGCGAGGGUGACGCUGCCCAACGGAAUGCAGCUGCACCCGGCGCAAUUGCAAGCGUUGAUGCAGGGCCCACUGCCGCCCAACAUGCCGCCACAGCAGGCUGCGAUGCUGAUGGAGGCACGCGCACAACUACUCGCGCUCCAGGAGCAGGCGCAGGCGCAGGCACAUGCACAGGCACAGGCUCAACAGCAGCAGUUACAGCCGGCGGACGCGAACAAGGAGAACGACCAAACGCCAGCGGCCGCGCCGACGGAAGCAAAACUUGAGACGCACGCUGCACCCUCGACCAAGACAGCGACCGUCGAAGAUGGCGAUGACGCUUGA